AUGCCUGAAUGGUCACCAACUUUUAUGCCAUAUCAAGCUGGCUACCAAAUUCCAAGCAACAUUCAGAAUGUUGGUUACCCAUUUCAAUAUGGGAUGAGACCUCCGAGGCCAAUUAUCAAUACAAGCUCCGCAACGAGUGCAAGAGUUGAUGAUCGAGAUACACCCGAUUGUUUGGAAACUGAAGAGGCAUGUAGUUCCGCUAAAGUUGAUGAAGAGAAUAUCAUGGAUAGAUCAAAUGAAAAGGAAAUCGAUGAUGGCACUACCGGUACACCACAAGGGUUUGGGGUGAUGACCCAAAGGAGUGAGAGGUCAGAAGAUCAAUCAGUCAGAUAUGUUACCCUUGGUUGUGCACGGGGAGGAAAGGCCCGAAAUAAGAGUUUAAAAGUAGCCAACCCUCGUCCAACAGGAAAGACGGACUGUAAGGCAAGGAUUAAUGCCCUAAGAGUCGAGGGGAAGAUGCAGUUGACAACAGUUUAUAAUACACAUAAUCACGGAGUAAGCCCAAAAAAGAGUUGCUUCUUUCGAUGUAAUAGAGAUGUGAGUGAGACCGUUAAAAGGGUCCUAGACACAAACGACGUAGCUUGCAUCCGACUGAAUAAGAGUUAUGAAUCUCUUGUCAUAGGGGUAGGUGGGUUUGAGAACCUCCCAUUUUUGGAGAAGGAUUGUCGCAAUUACAUCCACAAAGCACGACAUCUACGACUUGGUGCAGGGGGUGCUGGAGCACUUCGAGAUUAUUUUAUGAGGAUGCAGUUUAAAAAUAACGGAUUUUUUGCAUUGAUGGAUUUGGACGAUGACAAUAGGUUGAAGAAUGUUUUCUGGGCAAAUCCACGUAGUCGGGCAGCCUACCAAUAUUUUGGUGAUGUGUGUAUGGACGGUAUAGCUGCAAAGGCCAUUAUUACUGAUCAAGAUCGAGCAAUAAAAAAUGCAAUUGCACUUGUCUUUCCGGAAACACGACACAGGUUUUGCCUAUGGCAUAUACUGAAAAAAGUCUCUGAGAAGCUUGGGUCAUAUGCUGCGUACAAAAGUGGGCUGAAAACUAGGUUAAUGAAAUGUGUGUACGACACACAAUCUAUUAAGGACUUUGAAAAGUGUUGGGCCGAGUUUAUUAACACAUUUGAGUUACAUGAGAAUGCAUGGUUGAAUAGUUUAUAUGCGGAGCAUGAUCAUUGGGUACCGGUUUUCCUAAAAGAGACCUUUUAG